AUGAACAAGGAGAAAAGAGAAAGAAAAGGAAGAGAGACUGAUGAACAAAACAGAGAAAGAAGAAGAGGAGGAAAGAGAAGAAAAGAAAGACAGGCAGAUAGAGAAGACAGGGAGACAAGACAAAAAAAAACCAAGGAGGAAGAGAAAGAAGAAAAGAAAGACAGACAGACAGAGAAAACAGGGACACAAGACAAAGAGGAAGACAAGUUCAAGGACAUCUUUAAGUACUACAAGAGAAGAAAACCACCACCUGACCUGACACAAGCCAUUGAUGUUGACUCCUGCUGUGUGGAGGUGCAGUUCCUGCCGGCAGCCUCGGAGGAAGACAAGGCUGUGGCACAGGAGGCAGGACUCACCCCUCCACACACCUGGACUGUGCACCGCCUUGUUAACCACCCAGGUCUGGUGAUAGUGCGAAACCCCUUCACCCGGGCAGGGCAGCUGGCAUGGGCGUGCCGGUGCCUGCGAGACAUGGCCAGGCUGCCCCACAAGACUAACCUGGCCUCACAUGGCGUGCACCUCGAGGGCAGCACCUGGUGGCAGCUGUGUCGCACGGAGGAAGGAAGGAGGACUGGCCUGAGAGAGAAACUGCGCUGGGUCACCUUAGGAUACCAUCAUGAUUGGGAUACCAAGGAAUAUAGUGAAGACAACCGCAGUGAGAUGCCGGACAGUGUGGUGAGACUGUGUGGUGUUGUGGCGCGUGUGCUGGGCCUUUGUGGUGGUGGUGGUGGUGGUGGUGGUGGUGAGUUUAAAGCCCAGGCAGGUAUUAUCAAUUAUUAUCAUCACCACUCUACCCUCAGCCCUCACACAGACCACUCAGAACCAUAUAUGGAGGCACCGUUACUCUCUUUCAGCUUCGGCCAGAGUGCCGUGUUCCUCAUGGGCGGCUGUACAAAGGCCACAGCACCCUCUGCCAUACUGCUGCACAGUGGGGACAUAGUGGUGAUGGCCGGCACUGCAAGGCUGUGCUACCAUGCUGUGCCGAGGAUACUGAUGCAAUGCGAGAGGAGAAGAAGGAAGGAGGAAGAAGAGGAGGGGGAGGAACCAUGGGCUGUGGAGUUUAGCAAGGUUAAGAAACAGAGGAAGAAGAGGAAAGUGGAAGAAAAAGAAGAUGAGGAGGAGGAGGAAUGGGAAGUAAAAACACCAGAAAUGAUGCAAAAACGAAAAGAAAAAGGCGAACAGCACAAAAUCAACGAAGAUAAUGAUAGUGAUGGUGACAGUGGUGAUGGUAGUGACCUCCCUGAUAUCCUGCACUACCUAAGGACUUGUAGGAUUAACAUGAACAUCAGACAAGUCCUCCCUCCCUCCAUGGAUGCGUUACCCUCAUGACAAGAUGGAUAAUUAAAUGUACUAAUAGAUACAACAUAAUACACUGUGAUAUUGGAGGUAAAUCUUCCUCACAGCAAUAAAUGAAGCAAGUAAAGAAAACAUUAGACUAAUAAAUGAAACACUGAAAUGAACUGUGAUAUGGUAAAUGUGAAUUAUCCUCGUAAUAAAUUAAAUCUAGCAUUGUUACCCUCAUGAUAAGACAUAAAUUUAUCUAUCUGUACAAGGCAAUCCAGACAAAGCAACACACACACACACACACACACACACACACACACACACACACACACACACACACACACACACACACACACACACACACACACACACACACACACACACACGUCAUUCAUGUUCUUAGCCCCGUCAGCCCCCAGUGGAAAGGGACAGUCUUGUGGACCACUCUACUACAGCCAAGGGACACAAGUAAAUAAUUAAACUUGUGCUGAAAAAUAUAGAAUGCUAAUAGAUUUUUUAUAAGGAAGAUGUAAGAAUAAAUGAAAUGAUAAAGAAAGAAUAGACAAAUACAAAAACUGCAAUAAACUGUGAUAUAAUAA